AUGUGAAAAGAAAUUGAAAAGGUGUUAAAGCAUUUUACUGGAUAUCUCUUUAAACAUGCCUUUCGAUUUUAAUGGAAAGAAAGUUCUUGUUACUGGUGCAGGUAAAGGAAUCGGACGCGUUAUAGCGGUUGAACUAAACAAAUCUUGAUGUAAAGUUUAUGCUCUCAGUCGUACGAAGUCUACUCUUGACUCUUUAGUCGCUGAACAUCCUAACAUUGUUCCUGUACUUGCUGACGUAUCCAACUGGGAUGAUACCAGAAGAAAGCUCGAAGAUUUAGAACCGCUCAAUGGUUUGGUCAACAACGCCGGGAUCCUUGGAGAGAGUUGUUCUGCAGUUGAUUGUCCGAGAGACGAAAUCAUGAAAAUAUUAAACAUUAAUCUGUUGGGAGCAAUAAAUUGUGCACAAAUUGUUGCAAAGAAAAUGAUUGAUGCCAAAGUAAAGGGAUCUAUCGUGAAUAUUUCAAGUGUGGCCGGAAUAGGUGCUUGUUAUUCUUACUUGCCGUACGAUGUUUCGAAAGCAGGGCUGGAUAUGGUCACUAAACAAUUUGCACUGGAACUUGGACCAUACCAGAUAAGGGUAAACUCGGUCAAUCCUGCGACUGUCGUGACGCCUAUGGUUACAAAUCUAAAGAAUACCGCAAAGGGUUUAACUUCCCAAACACCUAUGGGUAGAGUUGCAAAGGUUGAGGAAGUUGUCUGGCCGGUAUUGUACCUUCUUAGUGACUAUUCAAGUAUGGUAACUGGCCAGUUGCAUCCGGUUGACGGAGGACUGCUGUCCAAUAUAGCGGUGAAAUAUGAUUUUUCUAAAUGAUGAUAAAACUGUUUUGGUUGUUAUACAAACAAAAAACUGUCAGUGUAAACUUGCAAAGAAUUGCCGAUUGCUAAUUAAAAAAAAAAUAGAAAAAAAUAACCUGCACGUCUUAAGCAAAAUAUCUAAAUAACAUACUAUUCUUCUAAUAAAGUACAGGAACACAUUUUGUAUUCUAGAUCUUUCUUCGGGUUUAGGGUUAGGGAUCUGACGGAAGAGGGGGGACUCUAUGAUUAGCAGUUUUUAAAUCCUACCAGGACCGAACUGUUUUGAUAUUUGUCUUCUGGCCUGUUUCGUCGGGUCCUUAAUGGUGUUUCUCUUGUUGCUCUGUCUUCUAUAAAGGCAUUGAGUACAUACGUUUUUGGUUCUUAAGGUUUGCUUUUUAUAUAUUUAUGCACGAGCAUUUUUGUGUUCUACAUGCCAUGCCUUUUUGUUUCCAUUACGUGUGUAAGAGAUUCACCUGGGGGGGGGGAUUACUUUUAUUUACACUGUCCCGUGUCUUUGGAACAUGGUGGGGGUAAGAGUGAGGUUGGGUGCGCACCAUAAACCGGUUUAAGCUCCCCAGUGGUGAUUUUGCCGCUGACCGUUCCAAGGCGGUGUCCCACUGUAUUCCUUUGUUUUCGUUUUGUCCUUGUGUGUUGGCUUUGUGUGUGUUUU